CUUUAUUUAUCCACAAUCUUUGGUCUCGACUAUGUGGAAAGGUGGUUACUGGACUGUCUAACACUGUCCCGAUUUCUUACUGUUUGUUGGUAGUUACAGUCUUGUACAGUGGCGCUCUCUACAUCCACUACGCACAUUUGAGUGGAGGAAGUCUAGCCAUUGAUUAUUCUCCAGUCUUGUUUUGUAAGGGUGAAGUUGCUCUCUGCAUUGCAGCCUAGUGCUGCUGAUGGAAUUCAAACACACAAUGGCGACACCCAGCCCCAACAACUCAACAACAUCUACCAGCCACAACAGCAAUAACGCAGGAUCUACAGGCUCACAUCACCACCAAUCCCAGUCGCAACACAUAACAACAAUGAGCAGUAUGCAAGAAUCCAACACGUGCUGGAGAUGUCAGAGUGAAACAGGUAAACGCAAAGCACUGAAGUUAAAUUUUGCCAAUCCCCCGAUCAAACCAACGACCAGAUUCACUCUGAAUACAGCAGGACCCCCAUUCCAGAACCCCCACAUUUUCUUAUGUCUCCCACCUAUUUCUGUGGCCAGAGAGAGGCUGCGUACGCAUAGUAUCGAGUCGUCAGGGAAGUUGAAGACCGCCGGUGGCGAUUGUGACUUCACGGCUGAGGACCUCAAGGACCUGGGGGAGAUUGGGCGGGGUGCUUACGGCUCUGUCAACAAGAUGGUGCACAAGCCCAGCAACCAGAUAAUGGCUGUCAAGAGGAUUAGGUCAACGGUUGAUGAGAAGGAACAGAAGCAGCUGCUAAUGGACCUGGAUGUGGUCAUGAGGAGUAGUGACUGUCUCUACAUAGUUCAGUUUUACGGGGCUCUUUUCAGAGAGGGCGACUGUUGGAUAUGUAUGGAACUUAUGUCUACCUCCUUUGACAAAUUCUACAAAUAUGUAUAUUGUGCUUUAGAUGAUGUGAUUCCAGAGGAAAUAUUAGGCAAAAUAACAUUAGCUACUGUGAAAGCACUUAACCACUUAAAAGAAUACUUGAAAAUAAUUCACAGAGACAUCAAGCCAUCCAACAUCCUCCUGGACAGGAAUGGCAACAUUAAGCUUUGUGAUUUUGGCAUCAGUGGGCAGCUGGUGGACUCCAUUGCCAAAACCAGAGAUGCAGGGUGCAGACCAUACAUGGCACCUGAGAGAAUAGACCCAAGUGCCUCCAGACAAGGCUAUGACGUCCGGUCAGACGUAUGGAGUUUGGGGAUAACACUGUACGAGCUGGCGACUGGGCGGUUUCCCUACCCAAAGUGGAACAGUGUGUUUGACCAGUUGACACAGGUGGUGAAGGGAGAACCUCCACAGCUUACCAACUCAGAAGACAGGCAGUUCUCCCCCAAAUUCAUCAACUUUGUCAAUCUGUGCCUAACAAAGGAUGAGUCAAAAAGGCCAAAGUACAAAGAGCUUCUGAAACAUGCUUUCAUUCUGAUGUAUGAGGAGCGCUCAGUGGAUGUUGCCAGUUACGUCUGCAGAAUCCUGGAUCAGAUGCCUACUUCUCCCAGCUCCCCCAUGUACGUCGACUGACUGUAGAACAAGUAAUAACGGAAGCCUGGAACAACAACAACAAUGACCUAAAGAGUUGCUUCAUCCCAUACUGCAGUGUUAAACUAAGACAGAAAAUGUACAAAUUAAAACACCACGUGUACUAAGACUGGUGAUCAGUCACGUCUGUAUGCUAUCAACAUUCUCACACUUUUCUCUAUCCUACACACACACUUACAUGUAAGUACAACUAGUAACUGAAUGAAUAUACCAUGGUCUUGGUUCACCUCGAUGUGAGACCUCAUCUCUAAUGUGGAUACAGUACAGUGAUUUAAAAUCUGGAAAUGUAUUUAUAGUGUUUAAUCACUUGUGGAAUAUAUGAUUUGGAGAUACUGGAAUCAUGCUCUUUGACUCUUCCCAUCUCGUCCAUGUAUGUGAAUUUAAGAAUUGUGGUUGGUAUCUUAAAUGAAACCUUGCUUCUUAUGGUGUAAAGCAAUUUAAAACGUAACGGCAUUGAUGGACAGGAUCAUGUGGCCUCCAUCCAAUGUUGUGAGGGUGCUGCCGUCACUGUGCAAUGGACUUUGUGCUGAUAUAUAAAUAAAGAGAGAAAUAAUCGUGCUUUGAGAGACAUUUAGUUACUCUGCAUCUAUUUGAGCUCAGGUUAAUCCAUUGAUGUAAGAAGGCAAGCAACCACACAAACAAACACACUCACUGGCUCUCUCAGCCAUGGCAUAUGCAACACUCUCUUUAAAAGCUAAGCUGUAUGUAUGUUUGGUGCUGUUGAUCUGUAAUUACUCAUGCCAUCUUGUAUCCCUGUAUAUAGCCACACAUUUAUCUGUAAUGAAAUUGCCUACUGUUCUGGAUGUUGCAACCAUUCUAAUGGACCUGACCGGCCCCUAAUUAUUUCAGCUGAUUGUUUCUUAAAUGCAUGGUACCUGAACUGUUUUCAGACUGUGAUUGAUUGACUCCUACAAUAUUCACAAUGUACACAGAAUCUAGAGGUUUAGUUACACACAGUGUAGUUCACAUCUUUUUAGAUUACCAGAUAUAAUUGAAACUUCGUUGACUGCUGGUAAAAUACUGGUACAGUAGUAAACUAUUAAAUUGGCUGGAUAUCAUUGCAUACAACAUGCAUUUCAAUGUAGAACAUUCAAAUUAGAAUAUCUUGCUAGGCAGAAUGUGUAAAAUAUUUAAUGACCUGAGAAUAUUAAAAUGAGCUUAUGAAAUAUAA